AGAGAAGGGGUCGAGUGUCUCGUUCGUUGUCUGUUUACCUUCUCCUGUUCACUCGUUAGUAUCAUCCCCUCCCGUACUCCGCCUCCGCCUAUCUCGUUCUGUGCCAGAGAAGGGAAGAACAACUGCUGGGCUCCUUCCGUCCCAUCUUCAACCGCUUCCGUGGCCUUCGAGUUUCUUCGCGAUUCUCCAAGCAACGAAGUGUUCAAAUACUCCUCGACGCGAUCAGCGUUCUAAGCUAUCCUUCCUCUCGCUUGCAACCGUCUUUGACUCCUCCACAACAACACAUCCAGGAAACUUAACGACUUUCCAACAUACAAGAUGUUUCGUCGCCGUUGGUCAGGCCUUCCGGCUGAACCAAAGUUCGCCCCAGAUCUCAAGGAGCUCAGUUAUUUCAUCAACGAGGAAGAUGAAGUUCGCUACGUGCAUGACCCCGACUUCUACUUCAAGUAUUUUUCGACCAAGAACACGAGGUACAACGACUGCCAGCGCUUCGCAUUCGACCAGGCAGUCAAUCAAAUCAUCGACUCACGGCUCGAAGCCGAGGGUCUCAAGGAAGUCCUCCUCCCGCUCGGGGUUGCCAGCAAAGAUGAACCUCACGUCAAAAUCCGUCUCAGCGAGGAUCUCUCUAGCAAGUCACGCGUCGUGAUCAUCUUCGGCCAGUCUAGCCAGGACUUUGGCAUUCUGGCGCACCGUGUCGCUAGCGGACCGGGUGGUCUCAACAAGGGCUCGAUGGUGAACAUAGUCAAGACUCUCAAGCAGCAGAAGUCUUCCGCCACCGACAACACUGCCCCUGGUAUCAUUCUCGCCAACCCCGGUGACCUCUGGUGGUGGCCUGAAGGGAAGAAAGGGCUGAGUAUAUUUGCUCGUCAUCAGAUUCCGGGUAGCAGUCUGGUUCACUGGGGCUGGCACCAUGAUCCAGCGAGGAACAGCAUUUCGGAGAAUGCCAAUCCGACGGAGCAUCUCAAGUAUAUCUUUGAGAAGGUGGUGCCGCAGUUCGUCAACGACAAGGCCAAGAUCGAUGUCAUCGCGCUUGGUGACAUGUCGGACGAGGUGGAGCAGUAUCUCGACAAUGACGAUGUUUGGGCGAAGAUCGGAUACAGGCUGAACGCUCUUGUGGUGCUGGGUGGCUUUUAUGAUAUGCGCAAGGCAAACUGUCAGGGCUUUAAGAAGUUCAUGGAUCAGCGUGGGCGCGCCUACAUAAUGAAUCAGGACCCCCUUGACACCCUUAUUGCUGGCCCCGAGGGCGGCAGCCGCGCCGUCACCGGCUAUGUCGGCUACGGUUGCCCUACCUACAGUGUCGGCCCGAACGCCUUCAUCAUGGAGCUUGUGCUCGUCGAGGCCGGUUCAGCGGUCUUGAAGUGGCUACAGGAGGUCGCUCUGGACAAGGAUUACGUCAAUGAGAGAGUUCACAUCUUCUUCCCGGAGGAAGAGGAGGAUGACGGUAAAUGGCCAGAAUGGGAUAAGGACGACGACGAUGAGUCUAAGGGGUCCAAGAAAAUCAAGGAACAAGACCAUGAAGAGACCAAGAGGAUCCAAGUCAGAGUCCAGAGAGAUGCCCAGCCUGCCAAGAUGGAUGAAUGCGAGGGUAUCGACGAGGAGUUAGUCAAGGAGAUUGCCAAGAGAGAAAAGAUGGCGGAUGGCAAUGCUGACUCAGAGGAGGAGACCUAAGACACCGUGACCUUCUGGAAACCCAAGGCUGGUGGUUCCUCGCAGGAAGAUCAGUCAAGGAGUCGAGUACUAUCUUCCUGACUACAACGAUGAGUGGGACGGGGUUGCUACACCCAUUUAAAAGGGGAAACGUGAUCAUGGUCCUCUCAAGGCAUUACAUUAUUUCUGGCACCACAGGGCAGUGGCUGAAUCAAGACCAUCUACCAAUUACUCAGAGGUAGCCUAAUUUUCAGGAGUUUCGAAUCGAUAGAUAGCCGAAUUCACAUAAUCUCCUU